AUGGCCGCACCUUUCGAGGCUGUCCACCUGGAGUCCGAUGCAGAGGCGAAGACCUCUCCCCCGAGCUCCCGUGGCUGGAUCAAGAAGACAGCAAUUGUGGUAACGCUGGGCCUGGGCGUGGUGGCUUUUCUGGCCAUGCCGGGUGCAAAGAAGUGUCAAUCCUUGGAUUUCGGUGCCUUCCAGGGAAAGUCCUCCUUGGGCGUGGAUGCGCAGAUGGCCCUGAAGGCCGACGCUCUGAAGAGCGUGAAGAAGCGCUCCCUGGCGGAGAAGAUCGUCAUGAAGGCCAUGAGGAGCACUGGCCACAAGUAUUCUCAGCACUACGAGCAGCAUGAGGUGCGGUCUUUGCCAGCAGAUCCGGCGGAUGCCGCGAGACAGAUGCUGACCAAGGACGAGAUCAUCGCCUACAAGAAGCAGAAGAAUGCAGACCGCAUGCGCAAGGCCACCAACGCCUACUGUGCUUUCAACGUUCUGGAGGCUUUUGUGUCGGUGGUUGGCAUGGGCGACGACAUCAACGCCAUCAUCAGGACCUGCCCUGCUCCCCGAGAUGGCGAGUCGGAGCUCGCAUGCCAAGUGAACGGUGCCAUUCUGGUGACCUGGGUGGCCAAUGCUGCGGCGAAGCUCUCUUACGCCGCCUCGAACUGCGCCCUCAAUCUCAACGUGGAUGCAGUGUGUUCUGUGGGCGUGACCGGCCUUGUCUCCGUGAUGGGCGAGCUGGCAGCGACCGCUUCCCUGGCUGCGGCCACGUGCACGGGGGUACCGCCACAGCUGACCACCAGCAAGAUCAGCGUCCUCGGCGACCAGACCGUGCGGGAUGGACGACGCCUGCUCAUCGGUGAGGGUCCGAUUGGCGUGGGCGUGCAGUGCGGGGUUGACGUCGGCAUGGUGGUCGCCAACCUUGCCAACAUGGGCCUUUCCAUCAACUCGGCGGUGAACAGCGGCCAAUGCGGCCGCGUCAACCUCGACGGGCCCAUCAACAAGGUCUCCGGCCUCUACAGCGCACUGUGUACUGUGGACAUCGGCGGUGCGAUCGCCUACAUGAGCCAGGUGGUCACAUUCAUCAACUUGAUUGUGGUCCAUUGCCAGGACUUCUUGGACGUGAGCGCGCUCUGUGGCGCAAGCAUCUCCGGCAUCAUCACCGCUGCGGCCGCCAUGGCCCCGUAUGGUGCCGCGGUGCACGCGGCCUGUGCCAAGGGCAGCAUCCUCAAGAACCCCAAGAAGGCGGAGGCGAUCAGCAGCCUCUACACGGUGCCCACGCCCCGCCGCUUGGAGGAGCUGAAGCAGCUGAAUGCGGUCAAGGAUGCCAUGGCCAACCUCAAGGACCUCCGACAGCAGUUGGAGGCCAAGCUUGGCUUCAAUGCUUCGGUGCCGACCAUGUACUCCGAGGCGAACAUGGAGCAGAUGAUCCAACUCAUGGACGACGGAGUGGGCGACAACUCCGAGAAGUCCAUGCGCGGGAUUCGCAAGGUCGGCAAGUUGGAGACGGCAUCAUGUGGAUCAGAGUUUGACAAUUUUGGAAACGUGGUCUGCCUGCUCACACAGGUCCUAGGUUUUGAAGAAGUUUCUUUUGCUUUGGCAAAAAGCGUUACGGCUGUCCACCCGGAGUCCGAUGCAGAGGCGAAGACCUCUCCCCCGAGCUCCCGUGGCUGGAUGAAGAAGACAGCAAUUGUGGUAACGCUGGGCCUGGGCGUGGUGGCUUUUCUGGCCAUGCCGGGUGCAAAGAAGUGUCAAUCCUUGGAUUUCGGUGCCUUCCAGGGAAAGUCCUCCUUGGGCGUGGAUGCGCAGAUGGCCCUGAAGGCCAACGCUCUGAAGAGCGUCAAGAAGCGCUCCCUGGCGGAGAAGAUCGUCAUGAAGGCCAUGAGGAGCACUGGCCACAAGUAUUCUCAGCACUACGAGCAGCAUGAGGUGCGGUCUUUGCCAGCAGAUCCGGCGGAUGCCGCGAGACAGAUGCUGACCAAGGACGAGAUCAUCGCCUACAAGAAGCAGAAGAAUGCAGACCGCAUGCGCAAGGCCACCAACGCCUACUGUGCUUUCAACGUUCUGGAGGCUUUUGUGUCGGUGGUUGGCAUGGGCGACGACAUCAACGCCAUCAUCAGGACCUGCCCUGCUCCCCGAGAUGGCGAGUCGGAGCUCGCAUGCCAAGUGAACGGUGCCAUUUUGGUGACCUGGGUGGCCAAUGCUGCGGCGAAGCUCUCUUACGCCGCCUCGAACUGCGCCCUCAAUCUCAACGUGGAUGCAGUGUGUUCCGUGGGCGUGACCGGCCUUGUCUCCGUGAUGGGUGAGCUGGCAGCGACCGCUUCCCUGGCUGCGGCCACGUGCACGGGUGUCCCGCCACAGCUGACCACCAGCAAGAUCAGCGUCCUCGGCGACCAGACCGUGCGGGAUGGACGACGACUGCUCAUCGGUGAGGGUCCGAUUGGCGUGGGCGUGCAGUGCGGGGUUGACGUCGGCAUGGUGGUCGCCAACCUUGCCAACAUGGGCCUUUCCAUCAACUCGGCGGUGAACAGCGGCCAAUGCGGCCGCGUCAACCUCGACGGGCCCAUCAACAAGGUCUCCGGCCUCUACAGCGCACUGUGUACGGUGGACAUCGGCGGUGCGAUCGCCUACAUGAGCCAGGUGGUCACAUUCAUCAACUUGAUUGUGGUCCAUUGCCAGGACUUCUUGGACGUGAGCGCGCUCUGUGGCGCAAGCAUCUCCGGCAUCAUCACCGCUGCGGCCGCCAUGGCCCCGUAUGGUGCCGCGGUGCACGCGGCCUGUGCCAAGGGCAGCAUCCUCAAGAACCCCAAGAAGGCGGAGGCGAUCAGCAGCCUCUACACGGUGCCCACGCCCCGCCGCUUGGAGGAGCUGAAGCAGCUGAAUGCGGUCAAGGAUGCCAUGGCCAACCUCAAGGACCUCCGACAGCAGUUGGAGGCCAAGCUUGGCUUCAAUGCUUCGGUGCCGACCAUGUACUCCGAGGCGAACAUGGAGCAGAUGAUCCAACUCAUGGACGACGGAGUGGGCGACAACUCCGAGAAGUCCAUGCGCGGGUCCCCGGUCUUCUCCGAGGAAGAGUGCGACGAGUAG